AUGGCUGUCACAGACCUCCCUUUUCCUUCGAUUCCCGAAGAAACGAUUUCACAGUUAGCACCAUUAUGCUCGGCAAUUGAGUCUGCAUCCGUUCAUGGCCCGCAGCGUGGUAUGGGAGACAACCCUGCUCUGAAGAUUUAUGCCGAGGUGCGCGGGCCGUACAUUGCCGCUAGCUUGCAGAAUCUCUCAAUUGCAUCACUCAAUACUGUCAAGCGAAGAGCCACAGAUGGUCCUUACAAACAAGGAACCAAUGGUAUUGGGAUCUACUCCAACGCGUUGGAGGGUUUCAUCACUACAGAACAUGAGAUCAUUACGCAGGUGUUUACGGCAGACCAGCAAGGUCUUGCAUUGCAGGCGGCUUUCCUUUCGGCCAUGGCCGACUACUCUAGGACAUUGCGAGAAUUGAACCAGUACAUCAAGGCAAACUUGAUGACGGAUUGCUUCUUGGCUUUUGAAGUCAUUGAGAUCGUGACUGCAAUGUCCUACCGCAUCGAUUCAAACACUGCCGAACUUAAGAGUGCCCUCAUCGAAGCUUUACGACCUGUUCGCGAGACCGCAAAGUCUUCUCUCUCGGAGUUGCUCGAGGAAACCAAGCGCAAGGCUGCUAAUGCGGCGCUGCCUCCGGACGGCGGAUCAGUGCCAUUGGUUGAGGAGGUAAUGAGUUCUCUAGCCACAUUGACGGGCUACUCGGGUCCGUUGGCGUCUAUUCUGACAUCCUUGGGAGAUGGGAAUUGGCGGUCCAAAUCGAAUACCGCCGGUUCUGCCCCGUUGGAUGUUGGUCCGGACAGCGGAACGCUCUUCUCCCAUUUCAUUCUGGAUAUGAUCGAGGCAGUCAUGACAGGGCUAGAAUCACGUGGCCGGGUUAUCCACCGUUCAAAGGCUACUCUGGGUGUAUUCCUGUCAAAUGUGUUCUGUAUCGUUGACCGGUCAAUCCGACAAAGCCCCGAGCUGGCCCGGUACCUGGGUGCGCCAGAUAGCAUUGCGCGGAUUGACACUUUCCGCAAACGCGCAACAUCGACCUACCUUGAUGCCUGGAAGGAAACUUCUCAGUAUCUGCUGGAUGUACAAUAUACCUCUCGUUCUGGAGCACGGCCCAGUUCGGGAGGUGCUGUAGAUUCUAGUGCUAUUAUUAAGAGUCUGUCGUCGAAAGAUCGGGACGCUAUCAAGGACAAGUUCAAGUCCUUCAACGCAAGCUUCGAUGAAAUGGUGUCCCGCCACAAAACUCUUCACAUGGAACGGGAAGUGCGAUCUGUGCUGGCCCGGGAGCUCCAGGCUGUUCUCGAGCCUCUAUACGCGCGCUUUUAUGAUCGCUAUGUGGAGAUCGACAAGGGUCGUGGCAAGUACAUCAAGUACGACAAGUCCAACCUGUCGGUUCAACUCGCACAGCUUUCCUGA